ACGCCAGUUGCCAAAAUGGAAGAGAACAGAAACACCAGUUUGGAAGAAGAUUUUGAAGGACAGGCUACACACACAGGGCCCAAAGGAGUGAUCAAUGACUGGAGAAAAUUUAAAUUAGAAAGUGAAGAUGGAGACUCCUUGUCCUUGAGCAAGAAAGAAAUUCUUAGACAAAUGUCUUCACCACACAGAUCUUUCAGUAAAGAUGAUAAAGAUACCAGAGAGAGAUUCUGCCGUAAGAUGAGUAUGCAGGAGUAUGAAUUAAUUCAGGACGAGAAAGAAGAUGAAACCUGCCUACAAAAAUAUCGCAAACGCUGCAUGCAGGAUAUGCACCAGAGGCUGAGUUUUGGGCCAAAAUAUGGCUACUUGUGUGAGCUGCAGAAUGGAGAACAGUUCCUGGAAGCCAUUGAGAAAGAACAUAAAACGACCACUGUCAUUGUUCAUAUUUAUGAAGACGGUAUCAAGGGCUGCGAGGCACUGAACAACAGCUUGACCUGCCUUGCUGCGGAGUACUCCACUGUGAAGUUCUGCAAGAUAAAGGCCUCCAGCACAGGGGCUGGAGACCGCUUCUCCAGUGAAGUGCUUCCCACUCUCCUUGUCUAUAAGGGUGGGGAGCUUCUGAGCAAUUUCAUUAGCAUUUCUGAACAAUUCAGUGAGGAAUUUUUUGCUGUGGAUGUGGAGUCUUUCCUAAAUGAGUAUGGGCUACUUCCUGAAAGGGAGCUUCCAGCACUGGAAAAUGGCGACAUGGAUGGGCAAGAUGUUGAAUAA